CAAUGGUAGCAUUCCUAGGAAUAAUAAUAUAAAAUACAAAAUAAAAUUUUAAAAAUAAUAAAUAAAUUAUAAUAUCAAACUCCUACCGAUCAUCUUACAAGCAACUAACUCUCACAUACAAAUACUGAAAUACACACAAAACCGAACAAUUUCCAGCACCAAAAUUAGGGUUUCAGAAUCCAAAUAUUCAACAAAAUGGAAUAUAAUUCCAGUGUGAUUGCUCGUAGCAGAUUAGCAGUUCUAUCAGCUCAUCUUUCUGCUUGUGUUGAAUCAAAUGAUAUUAUACCGGCGGUUCUGGAUCAAUCACCGGUUUCGGGUCAGGUGUUUGUAGCACCACCGGUCAAUUUGAAAGGUUCGUUGAUAAUUGUUGAUGAAAGAACCGGUAAAAAGUACAAACUUCCGGUUUCUGAUGAAGGUACCGUCAAAGCUACUGAUUUGAAGAAGAUAACAACAGGAAACAAUGAUAAGGGUUUGAAGCUUUAUGACCCAGGCUACCUUAACACAGCUCCUGUUAGAUCAUCAAUCUGCUACAUUGAUGGUGACGAAGGGAUCUUAAGAUACAGAGGCUACCCGAUUGAAGAGUUGGCAGAGGGUAGUUCAUUCUUGGAUGUAGCAUACCUUUUAAUGUAUGGAAACUUACCUUCUCAGAGCCAGUUAGCCGAUUGGGAGUUUUCUGUAGCACAACAUUCAGCUGUUCCACAAGGAAUUUUGGAUAUCAUACAUGCCAUGCCUCAUGAUGCUCAUCCAAUGGGUGUUCUAGUCAGUGCAAUGAGCGCCCUUUCUGUAUUCCAUCCCGAUGCUAACCCUGCUCUUAAAGGUCAAGACCUGUACCAGUCUAAGCCAGUGAGAGACAAGCAAAUAGUGCGCAUACUCGGGAAGGCGCCAACUAUAGCAGCAGCGGCUUAUUUAAGAAUGGCAGGGAGGCCUCCUGUUCUUCCUUCCAGCAACCUUUCGUACUCGGAGAACUUCUUAUACAUGCUAGAUUCAUUAGGUGACAAGUCUUAUAAACCAAAUCCCCGACUUGCUCGAGUGCUCGAUAUUCUCUUUAUUUUACAUGCUGAACAUGAGAUGAACUGCUCCACAGCAGCAGCAAGACAUCUUGCAUCAAGUGGUGUUGAUGUAUACACGGCUCUUGCUGGAGCUGUUGGAGCAUUAUACGGGCCUCUCCAUGGUGGAGCAAAUGAGGCGGUCCUAAAGAUGCUAAAUGAGAUUGGAACUGUUGACAAUAUCCCAGAGUUCAUUGAAGGUGUGAAAAACAGGAAACGAAAAAUGUCAGGUUUUGGGCACCGAGUGUACAAAAACUAUGAUCCGAGAGCAAAGGUUAUUAAAAAACUAGCAGAAGAGGUUUUCUCAAUUGUAGGCAGGGAUCCCCUUAUCGAGGUGGCUAUUGCGUUGGAACAAGCUGCAUUAUCAGAUGAGUACUUUGUUAAACGAAAGUUGUACCCGAAUGUUGAUUUUUAUUCUGGGCUAAUUUAUAGGGCAAUGGGUUUCCCAACAGAAUUCUUUCCUGUUUUGUUUGCCAUACCUCGAAUGGCGGGUUAUUUGUCACACUGGCGCGAGUCCCUUGAUGAUCCCGACACAAAGAUCAUGAGGCCCGCACAGGUGUACACGGGUGUAUGGAUGCGACAUUACAUUCCUGCUCAAGAACGGAUGUCAUCACCUGGAGUUGUUGCGGAUAAACUAGGACAGGUGUCAGUCUCCAAUGCCACAAAGCGGCGGUUAUCGGGGUCUGCGGUUUGACUUGGUUGUCAUUGUGCGUUGACUUUAAGGGAAGUUGAAAGAAGGCCGGGCCGAAUCUUGUUUAAGUUCCUUUUCAUAAUUCAUUUUAAUGAUUGUUGUUUGGUUCUUGUACUAUAUGUAUAAUCAAGGCAAGGUCAUGUUGAACUGUUGUUUUGAUCUACGAGUCACCAGUGACGCUUGCUCAUCAUAUGAAAUUUAUAUUCGGUUGUUAAUGGGUAAUAAAAACAUCUUACUCGCUA